GUGCUUGUUUCAUGAAGUGCUUGAGAAGUGUAUUUAGUUCUGCAGAUUGGCCCAUACCUGGAGAACGUGUGCAAUGUAGCUAGCUAGUGUAGCUAUUCUACUCAUUAGCCAGCCAGGGAGACCCUCUCAAGAACCUAACUUUAUGAAGUUAGAAAACGUUAGUUUGUCAAAUAGCGCAUCAUUAGUUGGACAGUUAUCUGUUUUUUUACGGUGUUUUUUUUUUUACUAUCCAACCGCAGCGUUUCGGACAAGUGAAAAAUGCAAGGCCUUGUUUAUGGUGUUAACGAUAGUUACAACGGAGUACUGACAUAUAUCCACAAUUAAGAAAUGGAGGGAGAGGUGGGUCUGGUGGCCGGCCGCAGUCAGAGAGAGAAGAGGAGAUCCUACAAAGAUCUCCUGAGGGAGGAGGAGGAGAUAGAUGCCCAAGUGCGCAAGACCUCCAAGAAACGACGUGACUCCGAUCCCUUCUCCACAGGAGGCGACCUUCACAAGAAGAAGAAGAGGACACACGAGGAAGUGCACUUUCACAAAGACAGGGGCCAUGGCCAGUCCCUCCACCAUAAGAAGAAAAAGAAGAAAACGAUCUCCGAGGGGAGACCCUCCCUUGCCCACUCCUCCUCCUUCGCCUCCGACCCGCACUCGACCGAGACGGCCAUGGACCUGCUGCAGGCCAUCACUUCCCCGCUGGCCACCGGCUCGGCCCCCAGCCCCCCCCACCAGCAGCACUACAAGAAGCCCUCCUACCCCGCGCACGCGCAUCACACCACCCAGCGCAAACAGCGGGAGGGGUGGGACACGGCCCCCCCCAGGCCCAGACCCCCCAAGAAGAAGCCUCCACCGGUCAGGGAACCUUUGCCUGUGGUGGGGACAGAGGUUGAGCUGGAAGGACACUAUGAUGGACCGAUGGGGCUCAUGGGUGACAGCUCCUCCUCGGCCGAUGAGCUAGAGGCCGGCGAGCUGGUCAUCGACGACUCCUACGCCCAGCUGGCCAAGAAAGCCAAGAAGAGCAAGAAGAGCAAAAAGAAGAAGGAGAGGGAGAGGGAGAAAAAGCACUGCCUGAAAGGGGUCAAGAAGGGGUCAAAAGGAGGCAGCUCUCACUCCUCCAGCAUAGCCAAUGGCAGCGGAGGAUACGGGGCUUUUGGGAAGGCGUCCUCGGAGUCGGCGAACCACCGCCCGAGCGACAAGAAGAAGAAGAAAGACGAGAAGGGUCGGGACAAAUCGGAUAAAGAAAAGACAAAAAGGAAGUCAUCUGGUAUGACAGCAUACCAGAUAUUCUGCAAGGAAUACAGAGCCAGUAUCAACAUCGAGCAACCAGGCUUAGAUUUUGGCGAGUUGAGUAAAAAGUUAGCAGAUGCAUGGAAGCAGCUACCAGAGGGAGACAAAGAAGUGUGGAAGGAGCGGGCGCAGUACCUGCAGCACAAGCAGCAGAUGAAGACGGGCAAAUCUGCCCCCCAGUCCAGCUCUAAUGCAGCUAAAGCAGACAAGCCCAAAGCCGUGAAGAGGGUGGAGAGUCGACCGGAGCCCCUACAGGCCAAUGGGAUGUCUGCGGAGGCGGAGCCUUCCCCCUCUCCAGUCAGGGUUCCGGAGGUGGACCCCAUCGAUGCCGCCGCCCACCUGCAGCUGCUGGGAGAGUCGCUGUCACUGAUUGGCUGCCGACUGCAGGAAACUGAGGGCAUGGUGACCGUCUCAGGCAGUCUGUCUGUGCUGCUGGAUGCCAUGCUGUGCGCCCUGGGCCCUCUAGCCUGUCUCACCACCCAAGUCCCGGAGCUCAACGGCUGUCCGCAGCACAUACUGUCCAAGACUCUGGACAACAUCGCCUAUGUGAUGCCCGGCUUGUGAGGGCCAAGGCCACUGGGAGUUCUACUGCCAGUAUACCCAUACUGCCACUGAUGGAAGUUACAGUACGGGAGGACUGUUGGAUGGAUCAAGCAACACACUUUCUUUCUUUAUUUUAACAUUUUAAAUAAGGGAAAGGACUUGAAGCAUUGCACAGUUUUGCACUGGACAUAUGGACACGGACACUUCUAGUUUUAACCACGCCCCCAUUUUUAACAUUUGUGACUCGUUUCCUUCAUUUUCAUUUGUUAUAUUUACAAUUAAAGAUAUUUUAGUGAAUUGUUUUAA